GUUUGACUUGUACGCGUCAGUUUGGAAAGUUGUCCUUUCCGCUUGUUUCAUAUGAGAAGUCCUGUAUUUUGUAUGGACUGAUAGUUUCGAAGAUGCUUCAGAGCUCAAACCGUUUUACAGGCGUUGUGUGACUGCAAUGUAGCCAUGGCCCUGAAGGACAGUUGGCAAACCUGAGGAGAAAAUAUUAAUAACCGCCUGGUGUCAGGUCUCAGCAGUUUUAGCAAUGGUUUACCUGGCCCAGUCAGUCCAUCAGCAGUUUGCGGGUCUGGUGCUUGGGUUUAUAGGAUGGAUAAUGAUGGCCUCUAUUUCUGGGGUGAACGACUGGAGGAUAUGGACUGUGGACAAUCAGACGGUCAUCACUGGAGGAUUGGCCUGGGUGGGCGUGUGGAGGGCCUGUUUCAACAGCCACAUUUUGGACUCGGCUGAGAUCUGCAAAAGCAUCGGCCUUACAGAUUCAUUCACUCCUCCAGAGAUAGCAGCUGCACAGGUACUUUGCAUGACCGCUAUUGGCGUGGGGGUAGUCGCAAACCUAUUGGCGGGAUAUGCGGUGAGAAAUGCAUUAUUUGGGGUUGACGGCGGGCAUGUCAGAUUGGCCUUUGUGAUAGCGGGUUCCUUGUACUGGCUAACUGCAGCGUGUUCUCUGGUCCCUGUCAUUUGGAAUAUGAGUUCUGUGCUGGCAAAUCGCACUAUAGAAUUCCCACCUGACUUCUAUUUGCCUUCUGCUCCAGUAAAACAGGACGUGGGUCCAGGGAUUGGGUUUGGGAUCAGCUCAGCUUGCCUACUCAUUGUAAGUGGGCUACUAUUAAUGUGCUACAGGCAUCCCGAAACCAAGAUGCCUGAGAGUGGAGAAACUGGACAUUUUGACAAAAAUCUAAGGGAUGAAGGCUUUCUUGGUGUAAUUAAUGAGAGUAUGGAUGAGGGGAUGAUCAACCCAGCAUUUGAUAUGGAGAAUCUUUAAUAAUAAUAUCCAUCGCUCUGUGGAAGGACAUUGAAGGCUCUACAUACAAUUUCUCAAGAAUUUUGACUAUUUAAGGUAAAUUUGUAUAUCUGAGUUUAUCAAAUAUUAUAAUAAAUUAUUUAAUUACUAAAGUGACUGAGUGAACAGGAAUAUAGGCAACACUGAACUUUGAGGCCAUCUUAUUGGUAUCAAAUUGUUAAUAUGAGAAAUCCUUUAACACUGGACUUUUUCGUAUAUUCUUGUUACAUAAUGUGCAGGACACACAACACUGUAUCUGAGAUCUGUGCAACAAAAUACUCUCCUAAAUGUCUGUAAUGUAAGCUAUAUAGCCUACUUUAUGUUAAUUGUAUAUGUAUGUAUACAUUUACCACAGUUUGAAAGUUUGGGGUCAGAAAGAUUUGUUAAUGUUUUUAAAGUCCCCCUGUGGUGAAAAUCAAGUUUUUAAUGUUGUUUAUAUGUCUAUCUGGUGUUUUUAACAUGCUUUAAGACAAACCAUGUGCAAAUUCAUAAGUCAACACCAUUGCUAAAUAUAUUCUCUUCAAAACUGCAGUGAUCUAAAGACAGUCUCAAACCCACGGUUUGAAAUCGCUGGUGUUUCUGACAUCACAAACUACCUUGUAACCAAUCACGUCAACGUGCCAGUGGGCUUUAGCAUAUUAUUAACUGACAGCACAAGGGAGUCUCAAAAGAAGGUUAUCCCGGUAUAUUUUUCUGUUGAUAUAAAAAAUCGGGUAGAUUUAGCAAUAUGGCGGGUGUAUGAUACAUAUCACUAUGUUAUGAUGAACUAUAUGCCUUUCUCCACUAACGUUCUGAGUUGUUCAAAGUGUUUCUAAGGAUACUGAUUGUUAUAAGGCAGCUGUCGCAAAUGUGAACAUUGUUUGUGUAACAUUAGCAACACAUUAUUAGCUGUUUGAUAACGUAGUCAAGCAAAACGCUACUUCUGUCAGGAUCACUAUCGUCAAAGAUGACUGGCAGUUAGCAUACAGUUUGGAUUGGCGAUAUGGUUCUGUUCUGGACAAAAAGAGUGCGAGUGAGUGGAGGCGGGGCUAAUUAUCAUAUUCAUAGAUCCAUGUAUAUUAAAUGAGGCAAGGGUGUAGAGUUACAUUCAAGCUAUAUUAAGGCAUUAAGAACUUUUUUUUCACAGGAAAAAACAUUUAAAUAUGUAAUUUUGGUGAUAUAAGAUGAGUUUUAAGGGAUAAAAUUAUUGACUACAGGGGGACUUUAAAAGAAGUCAAAUAAAUGCUCACCAACACUGCAUUUAUUUGAUGAAAAGUUUAGUAAAAACAGUAUUAUUAUGAAAUGUAAUUUUAAAAGAAGUUUUCUAUUUUAAUAUGUUUAAAAAUGUAAUUUAUUCCUGUGAUGGCAAAGCUGAAUUUUCAGCAUCAUGAAUCCAGUCUUCAGUGUCACAUGGUCCUUCAGAAAUCAUUCUAAUAUGCUGAUUUUCUGCUCAAGAAAUAUUUCUUAUUAUCACAGUUGAAAAUAGUUGCUCAAUAUUUUUGUGGAAAUUGCAAUACUUUUUUGUAUUCUUUGAUGAGCUGCGUUUAUUUGAAAUAUAAUUUUUUAUAAGUCUAAAAGUCCUUACUGACACUUUUGAUCAAUUGUGUCCUUGCUGAAUAAAAUGAAUUAUCAUUAUUUUUAAAAAAAUCUUAUUGACCCCAAACUUUUGAAUAUUGUGUGUGUAUAUGAAGAUAAUGUAUGUAAAAUGCUAAUUUAUUCAUCUCAGUGUUUUAGAGUGAAAGUAAUGAUCACUGGACCCAAUAUGAUAAAAAAAAAAAAAUUGAGUAAUGCUAUACAAGCUAUUUUCCAUUGUUGUUCAGACAGUGCUUACCUAGAUACAUUCACAUGCCACCAAAAGCUGUUAACGCAAAAUCUUGAAUUUGAUUUUAGAUAUGAUUCAGCUGACUAAGUGUGGAUCUUUGAGCAGGGACAAGGUGAUUUCAGAGGAAAUAACCCCUGCCAUGCAGUGGAAUGAACUUUACUGUGAUUUCUCAGCUUGAUACUUGCCCUACUACUUUGCCCUUAUUGUUUUUCUACACCCCCCAUGGGCUUUGAGUUUGUUACUUGCCAACAUUUAAUCUUGUUAAAAUUGAACAUUAAUUUUGACAAAUCCCACUGGAUAGUACAUGAUUUUCUACUGUUAUAAAACCACAUAAUCCCCCUGAUAAUUCGACAAAGGGAAAUAAUUUCUUGCCAAUUAAAGUUGCUUUUAUUUUUUGUGUGUUGGUUCACAAGUCCGUCGAGGUCCCUUUAUGAGUUUUGAUGAUUUAUCCAUCUAAAACACUCAUAAAUGUACACACAAGAAUAUGUGUUAAGUUUCAAUAGAAUUGUGGCUUGAGAACACCAGAGAAUUUGUCUUCCAGGAUGGAAUCCCAGGGACAUUGGCAAUUUGACGUGCAUUGUUCUGAGGAAGAGGUGAAAGAAACAUCCUGACAGAGAAGAGCCAAGACCCCAUACUGAGAAGAAUGCAUUGUCUUAGGGAGGGUAUAACACAAACACAUUUCUGCUCUCAUGUGACCAAGAUUGGGGUAUGAUAUUGGUGGAAAUAAACAAGCUUUCGUGGACCUCAGUAUAAAACCUCCUUUACAACAGUUUAUUAGUAUUCUAGCAGACAAAAAAACGGCCUGUGCCUCAAAAGGAUGGAAGAAUGGUAUCAAAACAAUAGAGACUCUUUUCUGAAAACCCGGCUCUGAUUGUGCAGCCAUGUGACAUUAACACUUCUCAUAUUAUCACACAUACUGUGAUAAGAAAGUAAAGCCAGAGGUUAAGUCCAAUGAACAUGACAACAUCCUCAUAUCAGAGUUCAGCAUAAUCAUGACAGAUAAAACAAUAUGCUGGAGGAGUGCUGUUUUUGAGAGGUAGUCUCGCACCGGACUACCUCUCAAAAAUGUUUUCAGUAUAUGAGCCUAGAAUGACUAAUUCUUCUCUUUUAGCUGUACCACAAAGUAGAGCUAAAAUGUUUGGUAGUGUUGCUUUCAGCCAUUAUGCUCCACACCGCUGGAACAACCUUUCUGGCUUUAGUCUGGCUUUCUUGUAAUGUCUUAUAACACUAAACCCUCAAAUCUCAUGAUUUUAUUACCUGUUUAUAAUCUACUUUUGGGUCUUUUUUAAUUUGUUAUUUUUAAACCUAGUGUCAAUCACUUGUUCUUUCCUGUAAAGCACUUUGAACUGCAUUGAUUUGUUUGGAAACAUGCUUUAUAAAUGUAUAUAUAAAUACAUGAGCGAUUGAUUGAUUUUUAUUUGAGGAUUUAAAAAAUAUAUGUUCAUCAGUG